CCCAGGUGAGCGCGGCGGGACCGGACGGGACGGGACGGGCUCCGCUCCGAGCCCGCGGCUCCCGCACCCAUGUCCCGGCCCGGCAGCCCCCGGCCGAGCCGCCCGGAGCUGCCCCGAACCGAACCGGGGCCGCCGCCAGAGGUGCUCGAGCCCUCCCUCCCUGCCCCGAGGCAGAUCCCGGCGCUGCCACCGGCCGACCCCCGGUCCCCCGCCCGCCCCGCGGUGCCCAAGAAGGAGAAAGCCCUGGAAGGUGACAAAUCCCCGGCGGUGCUGACCAAAGGCCCCCGGGCCGAGCUCUGCGGCGCUGCCGAAGCUGUGACAUGCCAGCCCCAGGUGGGGCCACCCCUGCAGCCCCCCGGGCCCUGCACGCAGCUGCUGCCCAACGGGGAGGCAGGGAACGGGACCUGCCGGGCGCAGAAACCGCCCCGAAAGCUGCAGCCACACCACUCCAUCCACAGCCAGGGCAGCAAGAAGAGCAAGGGCAGCUCCAAGUCACCCUCUUCCCACAUCCCCAUUGAGGCACAGGAAGACUGCUGCGUCCACUGCAUCCUCUCCUGCCUCUUCUGCGAGUUCCUGACCCUCUGCAACAUCGUGCUGGACUGUGCCACCUGCGGCUCCUGCACCUCCGAGGACUCCUGCAUCUGCUGCUGCUGCUGCAACUCGGGCGAGUGCGCGGACUGCGACCUGCCCUGCGACAUGGACUGCGGCAUCAUCGACGCCUGCUGCGAGUCUGCCGACUGCCUGGAGAUCUGCAUGGAGUGCUGCGGGCUCUGCUUCUCCUCCUGAGGGGUCCCCCUGGGGGGGGGGACCUGCACCGGGACCCCCCAGGCUCUCCCGCGGCGGGCGAGGCUCCGGCCGGUCCCCUGGGAGACCUCGCGGAGGAAGAGGAGGAGGAGGAGGAGGAGAGCGAAUCCCGCUGGAAUCCUCGUCCUUGGAGCGUGUCCUGCCCGGGCAGGGCUGAACCCAGAGGGCCUCGGGGGCUCUGGUGGUGUCCUGGCCUGCUCUACCUCUGCCAGCACUGGGGGGGACAGCGGGAGCCUCCUGCCACCUGAGCCGAGAGCAGGAGCGCCCGUCACACAGAGCCACCCCAGCAUUGGGGACAGCUGUCACACAGAGCCACCCCAGCAUUGGGGACAGCUGUCACACAGAGCCACCCCAGCACUGGGGACAGGCACCCUGCAGAGCCACCCCAGCACUGGGGACAGCCGUCACACAGAGCCACCCCAGCACUGGGGACAGGCACCCUGCAGAGCCACCCCAGCAUUGGGGACAGCCGUCACACAGAGCCACCCCAGCACUGGGGACAGGCACCCUGCAGAGCCACCCCAGCACUGGGGACAGCCAUCACACAGAGCCACCCCAGCACUGGGGACAGCCAUCACACAGAGCCACCCCAGCAUUGGGGACAGCAGUCACACAGAGCCACCCCAGCACUGGGGACAGCUGUCACACAGAGCCACCCCAGCACUGGGGACAGCCCAUCCUGCAGAGGCACCCCAGCACUGGGGACAGCCACCCUGCAAUGUGUCCCCUGUGUGUCCCCCAUGUGUCCCCCAUGUGUCCCCCAUGUGUCCCCUGUGUGUCCCCCAUGUGUCCCCGGCAUGUGGGGCACAGUGGCUGGGUUGGUGCCAAAUGACCCCCAGCGUUGCUGUGCCCAUGCCACCAUCCCAGGGACAGGGGUGGUGGCUGGGUGGGGUGGCAGACACCCCCUGACGGGCUGGGGAGACGGGAAGUGUCACGGUAUUUUAUAAAUUUUUGUUUGGUUCCUUUUUACUGUAAAUAAAGGUCUUUCUUCAUUUCU